CCCGGCCCGGCCCGGCCCGAGCCCCGGAGAGAGCGAGGCAGCGGGAUCACCAGAGGGCAGCAGGAACCGCGCUGCGAGCCGGGCCACGAAAGGCAGCGAGCGCGGCAGGAGCAGCUGAAGGGCUCUGGGAUUCCCCGGCCGGGCGCUGAGGUUUGGGUUGUUUGGUUUAUGACAAAAAGUUCAAGUAAAGCAGAUCCAUUCGUGCCGACCUCUUUCAGUCUGCGUCCAGGUGAUGCUGUGAGCACAUGAACAGUGUGCAGGGACUCUUGGCUGCCUCUGUGAUUUCCAUCCAGAAUUCCUGCUUCGUCUAUCCUGCCUGUCAAAACUGCUUUUCUAGGCUGGUACUGGAUUCCAGGAGGUUCAGCUGUCUAAAAUGUGGCUGCACAGGUGAAGCUAAAGAUGCAAGCUACAGAUAUAGAUUGUCCCUAAAGAUUGCUGACACUAAUGAUUUGUUUGACAUCACUGUUUUUGGAAGUUGCUUAGAUCCAUUCUUUGGGGUCACCGCAGAAAAUCUGCAGAGGUAUAUUCAAGACUUCAAUCAGCUGUCAGGAGAAACAAACACAGAGUCAUCUACAAGAGCAUUAGUUCAAGCAGUGGAAACCUGUUUCAUUGGAAAAAGGUUUAUAUUCGGAGUGAAGGGUUGUGCAAGGGAAGAUGGAGGGCAUUCUGCUGCCAGCAGCGUCUUGCAGAAGUGUUCUAGAAUUAAUAGAAGUACAAGAAAUCUUGUAGCAUGCCAGAUCUUCCUGCCGAAUGCUGCACUUACUGGCUUUACUGUUAUCAGCUACUUAGAUCGUCUCCUGCAGUCGGCAAAAUUCAGGAGCUGUAAUAACAGCUCAUAUUUACCUGAUGUGUCAUCAGCUCCCAUAGAUGAACCUCUCAGUGAGCUCAGCAGCUUGUCUAGCCUGAGCAGGAGCUCCUGUUUUGUUCAGUCUAGUGGCAGGGAAAGUUUUUUAGGGUGCUGGCAGCAAUCCUUUAGCCUGACUUCAUCUGUUGCUUGGGUAACAGCGGAAGACUUUCCCACUGUGGAAGUGGGAAAGCUGGUGAGUGAACAGCAUGAACAAGAGGAGAGGCCUGUCUCUGCAGAAUUGGGCAGUGUAAGCCUCAACAAUCAAACUCUUUGGGACUCACAGUUUCUGAUCUCUUCUGUGAAGGAAGGGAAUAAAGAGAAGGAUAAUGAAUCAAGUUCACAGCUUAAUCGGACUGACAGUAUCUCUGCAGCUGAUAAAUUAGAGAGCAUUGGCUCUUCAAACACCGAAUGUCCACAUGGAAACAGUUCCAAGUUGUUACAACAUCCCUUGGAAUCUGAGGUAAAAAAUAAUUACCUAAAAACUAAUAGUAGAAAUUAUUGCUACCCAGAAAAAUCCCACAACUCCCUUGUUUGCAAGAGAGAUGCCUCAGCUCCUAAUCACGUAAAUGCAGCUGGAGUGUCUCGGGUGGACUCUAUGCUCUGGGAAGAACUCCCAUUCUCAGAAAGCCUAAAUGAAUUGUUAGUCAGAAUAGAGGAUGGCAGGAGUGUUGUAACAUCACCCAGCCUUGAUGCAGGCAAACAUGUCCAUCUUGAAAAUGGCAAGUUGGGUGUAAUUCUUAACAAAUCAUAUUCCAGGCAAUCUGUAGGUGGUUUGCCUGCAGCUAGUGUCUCAGGGAGGCUCUUGCCACCAGCAGAGAAUGAUAGUUGGGAGAACGCAGUGUUUGCUUGUCUUCAGUCAAAUACAAACCCUCUGAGUGAUGUUUCCCAAUGUGAGUCUUCCCCUAGUGAUUUAUCUUCAACCCUCAAGGAAGGUGGCACAUCUUCACCAGUUACACCAGAGCCUUCCGUUUCCCAGAGCAGAUGCGUGCAGUCCAAAGAAGCAAAUAGUGACCCUGCAAAUUCAUCUUGGUCUUUUAUUAGGCUGCAUGGAGAAACGUCCUGUGUAAAAAAGAGCAAUACCUGGGUGCAUUCGGCAAGUGGAAGCUUUUUAGCUGCUUGUGAAAAUAAAGAAAACUGUUCUACACCAAGCCAGAAAACAGAUCUUACACUCACAGGGCCCCAGGUCUUUGAUCCACCAACUCCCAACAAUGCAAGAUGGAUACAUAAAAGAGAAUUAAAACCAUUGACAGAACUGUCAGAAAAUACCUUCAAAAGUGUUAGUAGGAAAGAGAUACAAUGGAACAACAUCUUCCCUGAAGGCAGCUACAAUGCUUCUGCUGAUCUCUUUGAUGCAAGUGUAAGAGAGGUAGCAAAACCUGUGGAAUUCUUAAAUAAAUCAUGUAAUUCUUUAAUACAGGAUGAUACUUUGACAGAGAAGAUCACAGCUGAAUCAAUACUUUCUCCUGGAGGUGUUCCUUGUAACAGUUCAAAACUGGACUCAUCCCUACACAGGUCCCCUCAUGCUUUCAGCAAGCACAGUACACCUGUAAUUUCCUCCUUUUGUGACUCAGAAUGCAGUUCAGUUUGUGCUCAGGACUUUGUUCCUUAUUCACAGUCAACUCCUAUGACAAAACCUCUGCAGAAACUAUGGCCUGUUGGGGAAAGAAGCUCUUUUAUCACCAUCUUCACCCCUAAAAAUCCCACUAAAAUCCAUUCCAAAUGCAAACGAUCCAGGUCUUCCUUUCAGAAUACCCUGCUGCAGCAGCUUACCAGCAAGUUUGUGAAACGUGGGAGACCAAGGAACAGGGAAAACAAAGCAAGUGGUAGCUCUGCUUCUCAGCAGUUCCUUAACAGCCAACUGCCUGCCAGCUUGGAGGAGUGGAUCCCUCCAUCUUCAAACAAAGGGCUGAAACCAACUGCGUCUUUUAAUUUGGAAACAGCUAGUCGGGCUGCUGACUUGCAAUCCACCUGUGGGCCCAUUGGCAGGAACCCUAUUUCUGAAAGCAGAAAGAACAGUGAAAAUGAUGAAAAUCUCAUCCAAAGUGAGAGAAGCCCUGGGGAUAGAUCCAGGAUUCUAACAAUUCCUGUAUCUGCAAGUGUUACCAGGACCUCAUUUUUAAAUGAUCCAGUCCUGAAAACUUGUUCCCCUUCAGAAGGUGAGAAUCAUCUCUCAGGUGGAAAUUAUUCAGGGAUUGUGUUGGAAGGGCCAACUGUCUGGUCCCCUGAGCUGUUCUUCCAAGCACGAACCCCUUUUUCCAAUAAGCCAAAAUACUAAGAAAGAUACAUUUGUAUUCUGUGUUCUUUUUAAUUUUUGUUGUUGUUACUUUUUGGGAAGGAUCCAGUGGAAGAAAAGAGCUAUUUAAAAGUUAGCUCACCUGUCAGCAUAUGUCUUGCAAAGAAGAGUUAGGUUUAUUUUCAGACCUUUGUACCACAGAGAUGAGGGAAAUUACAAUUUGUAGUUACUAUAUUUUCUUGAAAAUUAAUUAGGAUGUGCAAUAAACACUUUUGUAAAUGUGUGAGUGUUGAGAUCUCACUUCAUAAAGUACAAGUAGGUGAAGUGUUUUAAUGUUCACUGUUGUCUUUACAUUACUAGAGCAGCACUGGAAUCUGUGUCCACUCCAGAUUCUUGCCCGAUGACUCCUUUGGGAGAAGGGCCAACUUUUUAUUGAGGAUUUGAUGGUGCCUUGUAUGUGAGCCCAUUUGGGAUCCUGUGACAGCCUUCAGCUGGGUGAAGGGGGCCAUCCUGAGAGCUUAGUAGCAGCUCCCAGUUUUCCUACAGGCUUUUUCAAGUUAGACUGCUGGUGGCAGAUUCCUGACAGUGUCUUUCCUCUCCUUGCUUUAUGGUCUUCCAUAUCCCCGACCCAAACCAGCUGCAUUUAGGAUCAUUAAACAGAGAAAUCUUGGAUCUGCUGCAUCUAAGCUUGUAAGUCAGGUCCUGCAGAAGGAUAUGGGAAUCUGGUGGCACAGGAUCUGAGCAGCCUGAAAAUGCUGACAUUUUAUUGUGAAUGAGUCUUUGAAGGUCCUGUUGUGGCCCAAGAGGGUGGAGGGGAUGUACCAUGCUUGUAGAACUAGAAUCAGACCUAAAAGCACUUGCUGUGACUUUUCCUUUGAGUUAUAAAAUGAGUAUGAACCAUUUACAUUGUGACUGAUGACAGGGGGGGUUACUUGAUUCCUUCUCAGCUACAAGGUGGAUGUUUUUAUCUUCCUAUGUUUAAGGCCUCAUAUAAUUUCUACAGCACUACUUAACCCUCCCUCUUUGUUCAGAAGAGUUUUUCAGGAAUAAGUGCAUUUGCACUACCUUGUUCCUUAUCCAUGAUUUUUAGCAUGGAUCACCAUCACAGAACAUACAGAAAUACUGGGAAAUUUUUCAGUUUCUCAGUCUCUAGCCUAAGUUCUGCACCUUCUAAUCAAAUGCUUUUCCCUUUGAGGGAUGGGAGGGAGAAGGAUAUUUGGAAUCAAACAAGCUUCUGUGGCUGGGCAGGGUAUAAAUGAGGUACAGCCUCUCUUACCAAGGGUGCAGAUGUGCUGAGGCUGCAGGCAUUCCUGUAGGCCAAUCAAAGAAAAAGUUACACAUGGUUAUGCAACAGGUCUGCACAGGUAAAUUCAUUCUACAAAGAAGCCUUUUCAAGUCAGCUUUGGUUUGGCUUGUUGGUUUUUUUUGCCUCCUUAUUUACAGUUGAAAUCUAGGCACAGGUUCAAAGACUAGCCUGACAUUGAAAGGACAUGGAGAUCACUGAAAGACCUUCUCUCUUCUUGCUGUCCCCAGCAAGAUACUCAAGCACAACACGAAAGUUCUUCUGGUGUUUAAGAGUCAUGCAACAGCAGAUGGCAGUGGAAAGAGGCACGAGAUUUCUUCUGACAGGUCCAAGCCUAGAGCCCUGCAGUCCCUGAACCCUAGACAUAAACAGCAGAAAAAUGAACAUUUGUUACAGCAAAGAGAGAGAUAGAAAAAGAGCAGAAUUAGACAUCACAAUUUUUUGCAAUGUUUAAUUGAUAAGCAGAUGAUGGUUUAAACUGAGAGAGGGAAGAUCUGGGUUAGAUACACAGUAAAAAUUACUCGCUGUGCAGAUGAUGAGGCCCUGGCACAGGUUGCCCAGAGAAGCUGUGGAUGCCCUAUCCCUGGAAGUGUUAAAGGCCAGGUUGGAUGGGGCUCUGAGCAACUUGUCUGGUAGAAGGUGUCCCUGCCCAUGGCAGGGGGGUUGGAACAAGUUCUUUAAAGUCCCUUACAGCCCAAAACCAUUCUGUGGUUCUGUGACCAAGGUAAGCUGUGAAUGAGUUGCUUGCUAAGUGUGGAGCCAGUGACAGCACUGUUGCAGAAAAUGGCAGGGCUCUGCUGUAAAGGACACAGAGCUGUGCAAGGCUUCCUGGCACAGCCAGAGGGAUGGGAAGUAACAGCAGAAGUUGUAAGGGCUUUGCAAGCUGCUGCUGAAUUGACCAGCUGAGCUUUAGCCCAGCAAAUCAGCACACCGAAACCACACCAGGGCUGCUUCAUUCAGGGUAGGGCAGGGCUCUAGGAUGAAAAGGCCUGGACUUGUGCCUGCAUUUACCAAGUGCUGUGCCUAUUGAAAAGAUUUUAUGUAUUGCAAAUCCUACUUCAUGAACCCUUGGGGCAAGUGGAAAAGGAUGAAGAAGUGUUGCCUUGCCUGGAAAUUAUGAAUCUGCAUGUAUAGCUUAUGUAGAAGAAAUGAAGUGAAAUACUGCAUUACUCAUAUCCAAAUCACUGAGCAUAGGAAAGGCAAUACAGAAGAGGUUUUAAGACAUCAUAACACUUGAAACCAGUUUUUUCUACUGCAGCACAAUAGGGUACUGCAGUCAUCAUUGGCUCUUUAAGCAUGCCCUUGUGAUGAACUGGACAGAUACCCACUCAAUCACCAGGAGUCAGAACUGAUCCAAGUGAGACAAUAGAGACAAUGCAGAUAGCGAUGAAACACUGCCAGAGCUUCUACAUCACAUACCUGACAGCAUCUUGACAUGAAAUGUUUGGUGCAGCAUGAGUGAUUUUUUUCAGCAGACAAUUCAUUCACAUACUACAGUAAGUGAUAGCUUUGGUGCAGGCCGAUGUGAUUAUAAUUAUAAGCUUGUACAAAAAGACUAAAGCUCAGCAUGUUUAAUUCUGAGGGUAAUAAAACUCCUGAAAAUGCA